CCCGUACAGUGUGUCAUUCGCUUUAUAAACCUUCUCGAUGAUGCUGAAAAAAAAUGACAUAUUUUUCUUGUACUUUCUUAUCAACAAUCCAAAGCCGGCUAACUAAAUCGUUACGUGGACGCUGUUGAGAACACGAAAUCGGCGAGUGAAAGCAAGGCGUGCUGGCAUGCCAAGUGGUGCAGAGGCGUGAUUCCGCGACAGCAGUCAUGGACCGCAAACUUCUGCCGCCGGUAGCACAAGAACGCAAGAACCCCGGCGCUACCACGACACAAACCCUAUUGAAGCUACCAGUGAAGCAAGGAAAUGACCUAACGGCCGGCAGUCACCGACGCCGCCGGUCGCUCGUCCCCGUCGCUAUCCCAUCGCGGGCGGGUUACCCAUGGCAGAAAAUUCACUGGGAGGAGGUCGCGAUAUCACGCCGUAAUGCGGCACGGUCUUCCCCCACGCGACGGAGUUACAGCGGGAUACAAAGGAAGCGGAGCCGCCCUCUCCUCAAGCCUUGCACGCCUCCGGAGUUCAUCAGCCAUCCUGUCAAAGCCAACGGCACUGGCAAAAAAGCACAAACAAAAAAUAGAGAUAGAGAGAAAGAGCAAAUACACGCAAGAAGAAACGCCAAAUCUCUGGAUCCCGCAUUGCAUUACUCUGUUCUAUUUAUUUUUCCCGCGUGAUCUCGUAGCACCCGCAGCGCUCGGAGCCGCAGCCAGAUUAAAAAUUUGA